AUGCGCCCCUUCACUUCCCUAUCACAAGGUCUCCGCGCCUUCCAAAACCCCCCACCCCUCAAUCACUCUAACCACCACCCGCGCCAACUCCACCACCCCCUCCCCCUGACCGACCGCACCUCCGACGCGCAAACCGACGCCGAAAAAGAAGCCCAGAACCGCGAACGUCGGGCCAACGAACCCGCCUACCAGAUCACAUUCACCUGCAAACCAUGCGGAAACCGGUCCACACACCGCCUGUCCAAGCACGGGUAUCACCGCGGCACGGUCCUGAUUAAAUGCCCUUCUUGCGAGAACCGCCACGUCAUUAGCGAUCACCUCAACAUCUUCUUUGAUAAGAAGACGACACUGCAGGAGAUCCUGGAGGAGAAGGGGGAUAAGAUUACUCGGGGCUAUUUGGAUGGGGAUAUGGAGUUUUGGGAUGAUGGGUCGGUGACGGAGAAGAAGGCGGAGGGGAGGGGGAGGAGAGGGGAUCAGAAGCAGGGGGUGAUCAGGGGAAGUUGGCUUAGGUUGGUUUGA